CUGUCUGACAGGCCACACGGUGAAGACAAGUCAAGCUGGAACAUGGCGUCUGUGAGGGGUCUACAGAAAUGGGUCGGCAUCGGUUUUCAUGCGUUUCGUCAACAUUCAGCUUUGAAUUCGUCCAGAGUGCUGCAGCAGAGGGCUUUCCGCCUCAGUGGAGCUCGAUGCCAGCAGCCAUUCGAUUCAUCAGUGGAGAAGCCCCAGUUCCCUGGGGCCUCUGCAGAGUUUGUGGAUCAUCUUGAGUUCAUCCAGCCCAACGUGAUCUCAGGAAUCCCCAUCUACAGAGUCAUGGACAGGCAGGGGCAGAUAAUCAACCCCUCAGAGGAUCCGAAGCUUCCAAAAGAGACUGUAUUGAAUUUCUAUCAGAAGAUGACUCUGCUCAACACAAUGGAUCGCAUUCUGUACGAGUCUCAGAGACAGGGUCGUAUCUCUUUCUACAUGACAAAUUACGGUGAGGAGGGCACACACAUAGGAAGUGCUGCAGCUCUGGAGCCCAACGACCUGGUCUUUGGACAGUACAGAGAAGCAGGAGUGCUGAUGUACCGGGGUUUCCCUCUGGAUCUCUUCAUGGCUCAGUGCUACGCCAAUGCUGAUGACCUUGGCAAGGGCCGGCAGAUGCCUGUUCACUAUGGAUGCAGAGACCUCAACUUUGUGACCAUCUCUUCACCUCUGGCCACUCAGCUUCCCCAGGCGGCGGGAGCAGCAUACGCUCUGAAGCGAGAGAAUUCGAACCGAGCUGUGGUCUGUUACUUUGGUGAAGGAGCUGCCAGUGAAGGCGACGCUCACGCUGGCUUCAACUUCGCCGCCACCCUAGAGUGCCCGCUUAUAUUCUUCUGCCGCAACAACGGCUACGCCAUCUCAACCCCUACCGAUGAGCAGUACAGAGGAGAUGGAAUCGCUGCACGAGGUCCAGGUUAUGGCAUGCUGUCCAUCCGUGUGGAUGGAAACGAUGUCUUUGCGGUGUACAAUGUCACAAAGGAAGCGCGACGGAGAGCAGUGGCUGAAAACCAGCCCUUCCUCAUCGAAGCCAUGACUUACAGGAUCGGCCACCACAGCACCAGCGACGACAGCUCAGCCUACCGCUCGGUGGAUGAGGUAAACUACUGGGACAAGCAGGACCAUCCCAUCUCCCGCCUGCGGCACUACAUGACAGCCUGCGGCUGGUGGGGGGAGGAGGAGGAGCGGGCUUGGAGGAAGCAGUCCCGCAAACUCGUCAUGGAGGCGUUCGAGAGGGCCGAGAAGCGCCUCAAACCCCACCCGGACCUGUUGUUCACCGAUGUCUACAACGAGAUGACCCCUGGCCUGGACCAGCAGAGAGAGUCUUUCUGGAGGCACAUUCAGCAGUACAAGGAGCACUACCCACUGGACCUCUAUGAAAAGUAAUAACCGUUUCAGGUGAGCGGAGGGAGAAAGGACCUGGGCCCAAUUCAAAAUGAAAUUUAGCCUCUGUUCUCUUCCCCAUAACUAUUUAACAAAGUAACUUAGCAAAGGUGAUUUUUAACCCUUAGAACUUGAGAGAUGCUGUUGUUGUUUUGCUGUACUAUUUAAAUAUUACAGUUACAUAAGACACUACAUCUUCAUAAGCUUUACGUGUACUGACACAUUUGAGUCUGAACAUCAGACUUUCUUCCGUUUGUCAACAAAUGUAAACGAUGAAUUUCCCUUCCUUUAGCAAAACAAGACUGUAGGCACUGUAUGAUGUCUGAACUCUGUACUCCACCAUAGGGCAGUGAAGAACCGGUCUGUUUAAAAAAAAAAAAACAGUUUCUAGUCUGUUUAGUCUGAAGAAGGAAACCUAGAAAGACUUCUGCAGCCAUCUAAAGGCUAGUGUCUAUCGCAGCUGUAGCGCAAUCAUCACGGAAAGUCACUGAAACAUUUCUUGGAAUAAAACGUCCAGCGUCAUUUAGUACAGUAUUGUUUGGUGUUGACCAACUUUGCUCUUCGCAGGUCACUCUUUUCAAGCUAAAGUCUAGGAGGUGAAAUACGAUGUGACUUGUAAUUUAAACGUUGAAACUGAGGUAGCAUUUAGUAACAGUUAGCAUUUGUCUGGUUAUCUUAAAGACUUCAGAUUCGCCACCUUUCUUGGUAAAUUUCAAGCCACAUGUCACCUAUUAAGGAUUUUUGUUCUGGAUUUAAUAUCGUAUUGCAGUAAAUAAUAAAGUGACGGGUGUAACUGAGGAGAGAGGGGUCAGUCUGAAUAUCGUUUUGACUGAAAUGCCGUUUGCUAGUAGAGAGCAGGAGUAGCGAGUAGGGGUUUAAAAUGUUCUUUUGGAUUGGGAUCAGCCCAGAGAGAGCGAGAGUGUGAAAACACAGGGAUUGAUUGACACAGUAGUUGCACAUGUGUGAAUUUCUUGUUUCUAUGCAUUACGUUUCUAGUAAUUCCAUUCAGUUUCUUUGUGAGAGAGCACACAGCUGAAGAGAGAUGAUUGUUUUUUGCAAUGCUUGCCACUAGGGGUCACCCCAACGUGCCUUUGAAUUAUAGACUAGUGUGGCAGUCUUGGUGAGCCUGUGUUUGGCAGUGCUCUCGUAGUUCUUGAAGGUAUUUGACAAGGUAUUUAACUGUUCAGUGAACGUGGUUUGUGUAGAUCUUUGUGUAAAUCCAGGUCAAUUCCCAUGAUCUUUUUUUGAAGUGAUCAACUCUAACAGAAUUGCGUAUAUCUUUGAAUGAACUGUAUCCACACGGAUCGUUUUAAUCUCAUUUCAGUGUAUUCAGUAAAUAUAGACCUACACAGCGACACUGCAUCAGUACAUUCAUGUUUUCAUGACUCUCCGCCUUCACAGUCCUUUGAAUGUGAUCAUGAGGUUAGUGAACUAAAAAAAAAAACACUUUUUUUUUUCCCCCCAGCUUUGGGACAAACAAGCUAGGGUCAGUGUUGUGUAAAGGGUUACUGUAAAAGUCUUGGCAGGAGGAGUCUGGGUGUAUUUUGUGUUAUUUAGUUGGGGUUUAGUUUUUGAAAUAUGAUUUUUUUGUUUCUUUUGUUGAUGGUAUUUUACUGCCAUCUAGAUUUCUAGUCAAAAUUGCAGCUUUCCAUGAAUUCUGAAGGGAAAAAGCAGCUCUGCCAGAUUUCAGAUUUUUAAAACUGUUACAGCUCUUAACUUCAGGAUGGCAUUUGAUCAAAUGUUGAGGUGUUAAAGUAUGCAUCAAUAAAUGAAACAUCAAUAAAAAGCAUGUGAAACAUGGUCA